CCAACCGACUUUUUCACUCUACCUGUAGAGUUCUCGCGAGGAAUCCCCGGUAGUCGUCAUUUGGAGGGUGUGUUUUGAAUCUUCCAGAUAUUCAUCAAAAAAAAAAAAAAUCUUCCGGAUAGACGGUAAUUAUCAUUUUUCCAUUUUUAUUUUUUAGGUCGAUAAUAAUAACCAGGUAGGGUCAAUAGGAAACAGUGAAAAGCAAUAACUUUUCCAAGGGAGAGGGAGGAAGAAGGAGGUGUCGAGGGAUUAAAAAACAAGAAAUAGCAGGUGGAAUGGGAAGCUUAUAAAAGCAAAGAACUUCAGAAACCGAGGGAGGAGAAAACCAAAGCAGAAGAAACAAUGGAGAAACGAAGUGGCGGUGGUGUGUUUAGGGUAAAAAUGUGUGGGGAAGAAAUAGCAGAACAGAUGUCAAUGGAUGGAAGCCAUUACAGUCUUUCUUCUGGAAUAUUACCUCCUCUUGGUGCUAGGAGUAAUCGCAGACUCAAACUUCGUAGAUUCAUUAUUUCUCCUUAUGAUCCUAAUUACAGAUAUUGGCAAAAUUUUCUGGUUCUUCUGGUUGCAUACACAGCUUGGGUAUCUCCAUUUGAAUUUGGGUUUAUGAUAAAACCAGAAGGAGGACUAGCCAUUACAGAUAAUAUCGUCAAUGCAUUCUUUGCAAUUGAUAUUGUUCUCACUUUCUUUGUUGCCUUCCUUGACCGGAAUACGUACCUGUUCGUUGAUAACCGUAGGGAUAUUGCUAUAAGAUAUGCAAAAACUUGGUUGAUACUUGAUGUUAUAGCUACAAUCCCAUCGGAACUUGCUCGGAAAGUGGUUGGUUCCCAGUAUGGUUUCAUUACUAUGCUUCGGCUCUGGCGUCUCCGUAGAGUUAGUUCUAUGUUUGCUAGAUUGGAGAAAGAUAGGAACUUUAACUACUUUUGGCUGAGGUGUGCAAAGCUUGUCUGCGUUACUAUAUUUGCCGUUCACUGUGCUGCGUGUUUCUAUUAUACUAUCGCUGCACGUCACAAACACCCCGAAAGAACGUGGCUUGGUGCAUCUUUUGGUAACUUUCAUGAGCAAAGUCUGGGAAUUCAGUAUGUUACAUCGAUUUAUUGGUCUAUUACCACUCUUACAACUGUCGGGUAUGGUGAUUUGCAUCCUGUGACUACGGUGGAGAUGGUCUUUGACAUAUUCUACAUGCUUUUCAACCUCGGAUUGACAUCAUAUCUGAUCGGAAAUAUGACCAAUUUGGUGGUCCAUGGGACUAGUCGUACUAGAAAAUUUAGGGAUGCAAUUCAAGCCGCUUCCAGUUUUGCAAAUAGGAACCAUCUCCCAGAACGUUUACAAGAUCAGAUGCUUUCCCAUCUGUGUUUGAAGUUCAGAACUGACUCAGAAGGGUUGCAGCAGCAAGAGACUCUUGAAGCCCUCCCUAAAGCCAUCCGUUCAAGCAUUUCACAUUUCCUCUUUUAUAAUCUCGUUGAUAAGGCGUACUUGUUCCGCGGGGUAUCAAAUGAUCUUCUUUUCCAGUUAGUCUCAGAAAUGAAAGCCGAGUAUUUCCCUCCAAAAGAAGAUGUUAUAUUGCAGAAUGAAGCACCCACAGACUUCUACAUACUAGUUACAGGCGCCGUGGAACUAGUUGUACACAAGAAUGGAAUAGAACAGGUUGUAGGAGAGCUAAAGACUGGGGACAUUUGUGGUGAGAUUGGUGUACUUUGUUACAAGCCACAGCUCUUCCAAGUGCGCACUAAAAGAUUGAGUCAGUUGCUGCGUUUAAACCGUACUGCAUUCCUAAACAUUGUCCAGGCGAAUGUUGGUGAUGGGACCAUAAUCAUGAACAAUCUCCUACAGCACUUAAAAGAGAUGAAUGACCCAGUAAUGCAAGGAGUUUUGACGGAGACAGAGAACAUGCUAGCUCAUGGUAAACUGGACCUUCCGCUAUCUCUGUGUUUUGCAACCCUUAGAGGAGAUGAUCUUCUGUUGCAUCAAUUACUAAGAAAAGGGGAUGAUCCAAAUGAAUCUGAUAACAGUGGCCGCACAGCUCUGCAUAUAGCGGCAGCUAAAGGAAGUGAAAAUUGUGUUGUUCUUUUACUAGAUUACGGAGCAGAUCCAAAUAGCAGAGACUCAGAAGGAAAUGUUCCUCUUUGGGAAGCAUUAGUCGGGCAACAUGAUUCAGUGGUUAAGUUGUUAAUAGACAAUGGUGGAAACCUGUUCUCAGGAGACAUUGGACAAUUUGCAUGCACUGCUGUCGAACAAAACAGUCUAGAUUUGCUUAAGAAAAUUGUAGAACACGGAGGAGACGUGACACUCCCAAAGAGCAAUGGGACAACAGCACUUCAUGUUGCUGUUUGCGACGGAAAUGUUGAGAUAGUUAAGUUUUUGCUAGAACAAGGAUGUGAUAUUGAUAAACCUGCUGGCGAUGGAUGGACCCCCAGAAAUUUAGCUGAUCAACAAGCUCACGAAGAGAUUAAGUUGCUGUUUGCAUCCAAGCCAGAACCUAAAAUCCAACGUGCAGUUUCAGUUGAUCCCGUAACUGAUAGCAGUAACAAUAAUAAUAAUUUCAUUACAAGGUAUAGGAGUGAACCCACAAUCAUUCAUCCAAUACCAAAUGAAGCGGGACGAACUCCAUCCAUGGAAGUUCUAUGGAGAGGAAACCGUCAACGCAGAAGAACGAGCAAUUUUCAUAAUUCACUAUUUGGGAUCAUGUCCGUCGCGCACGCAGGUGAUAGAAAUUCAAGCAGUGAAUAUGAGCCUGGGACGCCUGCGCAUAAUUUACCUGAGCUUUAUCCUGCUAGAGUAACUAUCAGUUGCCCAGAGGUGGGCGAAACCAAAGGAAAACUUGUUCUAUUGCCCAAGUCUCUGGAAGAGCUAUUUGGCAUCGGUGCUGCGAAAUUCGGAUUUUCAGCUACUAGAGUUUUAACCAAAAGUAAAGCUGAAAUUGAUGAUAUAGGACUGAUUCGAGAUGGCGAUCAUCUCAUCCUCGUCAGUGAUAAUUGGACUGUUGGAACAUCAGAUACAUAAAAAAUCGGGGACCUGAUGAUGUAUGGAUGAAAAUUCUUUUCUUUUGUUGUUUCUUUUGAAAAUUUUGUUGUUGCCACAAAAUCCAAGUGUAAAAAUAAGCUUGAGUGGUAGCUACAAAACUAACUUAGGCUGAAGGGAUGAUCACUGUACAAAUUUCAUCCAUUUCUGAGUCUGUCCAAGAAUGUUAAGGGCACUGAUCUGGAAAUGUAACACACAUUCAUUGAGAAAGAAACAAUAAAUGACAUAAAAUAAGAAUAAUUUUUGGAAA